UGGAUAAUUCGGACAAGUUAGCGAAUCAAAAAUCGGAUAACAAAAGUGACGGUAUAUUCUACAGCAUGGCUUCCGUGAUCUGUCAGAUGCAGCGUCAACUGCUGUCUUCAGUCAAACAGUUGAUGAUAAUCCGUGGCUUGGCAACAAGUCAUUGUGCAUGUAAGAACAUCAGAUCUGGGAUCGUCAAGGCAACUGUCAGAGGAGAUAAACCACUUACAUAUGAGCAGGCACUGGCACCAUAUCAAAUUGGAGUGAGAAAGUCAUGGAAUUCAUGGAAUACCAGCAACCUUAAAGGAGAAGGAAGAAAAGCUGAGACUGUUGUGGAGGACAUGUUUAUUCGGAAGUUUAUCAUGGGCACGUUUCACAGACUGUUUUGCUCGGAGGUGAUCAUAAAGCGACGUCACAACAUGAUCAUCAUCGCUGGCCUCGUGUUACAGAACACCAUGCCUCGCAAACUCUACUUCCUGUGGGGAUACUCAGAAGAGCUUUUGUCACACUACCUGAAAUGUCCAGUCAAACUGGAAAUACAGACUGUUGCGGACAGAAGGGACAUCACUUUUAAGUAUGUGUGAUUUGGACCGUCUUUCCAGCAUGUGAUGACAAAGUGUGUUACAAGUCUUGUAGAUAAGACAGAUGGCGAAGUGACCUGAUUUUUAAUUUUUAUUUACAUAUAUAAUAUGUAUAGCCGAUUUGGUUUGUAAUAAACAUUGAAGAGAAA